CAAACAGUCAGCGCUAGACUGACACUAAAGCCGUCCUGUUUCCUCUUUAUGCGCUUUCGCCACUAUAGCCAAACAUAACACUGCUGCACUUUACUUUGCUGCUGUGGUGACUUUUCAAACAGCUUGACACCAACUUCCUCACCGACAAUAUUAUCAUUUUUAAUGGGCUUGCUGUGAAACAUUUUUUUUUAUAAUUUGCAUGUUCUUAAUUUUCCUCCAAAAUGCCUGAGUUCAUAUCAGUGGAGGAGUUUAUCGCGGAGACUUUGGAGGACUACAGCUCUCCCACCACAUCUUCCUUCUACACCAAAAUGACAAGUUGCCGAAAUUCCGCCAACAAUAUCGAGGAGGCCUUGGACUCUGACCGCACAAUCUUGCAGAAAAUGAAGAAAGCAGCCAAAGCAAAGCACAUCUCUGGCCAAGACCACGUAUCACAUUUGGAGUCAUACAUCAAUUCCAUGGAGAAGUUGGCUGUGAAUUUCCGCAACAAUGGCGAACAGGAAGUGGCCUCUGCGUUUAAUAAGUUUGCAGAAUUCUCCAAAGAACUGCUGACGCCAAUGAAGAACUUGUUGAAGAGCGUGUUGCACAACAUCAACUUCUUCCUGGACUCGCUGGUAAAAGGGGAUCUGAAAGAGGUCAAAGGUGACCUGAAAAAGCCUUUUGACAAGGCGUGGAGAGAUUAUGAGAAUAAAUUCACUAAAAUCGAGAAAGAGAAGAGGGAACUGGCAAAGCAGUAUGGUAUGGUGCGUACAGAGGUGAGCGGAGGAGAGAUUGCAGAAGAGAUGGAGAAAGAGCGCAGGAUGUUCCAGCUACAGAUGUGUGAAUACCUCAUCAAAGUAAAUGAAAUUAAAACCAAGAAAGGAGUAGACCUGCUACAGAACCUCAUCAAACACUACCACUCUCAAUGCAAUUUCUUUCAGGAGUGUCUGGCUGCAACGGAAAAACUCAAGCAGUACAUUGAUUCCCUUACGGGACAUCUGAGUGCUAUCAAACAUAAGCAGGAUGAUGAGAAGAGACAGCUCUGUUCUCUCAGAGAUCAGCUCAGACCGGCUCUGCAGCCCGAAUUCAAAGAGCAGUCCAGGAGAGAUUCCCUAAGCAGACAGACUGUGUACAGCAUGCAUCAGCUUCAAGGCAACAAGCAAUAUGGCACAGAGAAAGCAGGCUACCUCUACAAGAGGAGUGAUGGGUUGAGGAAGAUGUGGCAGAAGAGGAAAUGUUCCGUGCAGAACUGCUAUCUUACCAUCGCUCAUGGAACUCCUAAUAAAUCACCAGCUAAACUGAAUCUCCUCACCUGCCAAGUCAAACCAAGUCUGGAAGACAAGAAAUGCUUUGACCUCAUCUCACAUAAUCGCACUUACCAUUUUCUGGCUGAUGAUGAAUCUGAUUGUGUGGCGUGGAUAUCAGUGCUUACAAACAGUAAGCAGGAAGCUCUAAAUGUGGCUCUGGAUGAGAGGAAGCCAAGUGGGGAAAACAGCGUUGAGGAUCUGACACGAGCCAUCACUGAGGAUAUUCGCCGCAUGCCUGGAAACAACGUUUGCUGCGACUGUGGGGCCCCAGAUCCGACUUGGAUCUCUAUAAACCUGGGGAUCCUGACGUGUAUUGAGUGCUCAGGGAUCCAUCGGGAAAUGGGUGUACACUAUUCACGUAUUCAGUCGCUUUCUCUAGACAAACUAGGCACUUCAGAAUUGCUGUUGGCAAGAAACGUGGGGAAUUCAGGUUUUAAUGAAAUUGUGGAGGCCAGCCUUCCCGGUCCCUCUGUGAAGCCAUCAGCAGAGAGUGACAUGGCCAUACGUAAGGACUUCAUACUCUCAAAGUAUAUAGAGUGGCAGUUUGCACAGCGUAGCUGCGGCUCGCCGGAAACAAAACGCAAAUAUCUGCAGGACGCUGUGCACAAUCGGGAUGUCUUCAGCCUCUUACAGCUUUACGCUGAGAGAAUGGACUUCAGCCUGCCACUGCCAUGUCCCCUACAGGAAAAGGGGGAAACUGCAUUGCACCUGGCCGUCCUAUUGUCUGACAGGACUUCACUUCAUGUGGCUGACUUCUUGUUCCACAACUGUAAUAAUCUGGAUGCUCAGACUGUGAAGGGGAACACUGCUUUGCAUUACUGCUGUCAGCACAAUAAAACCGAGUGCCUUAAACUUCUGCUCAGAGCCAAGGCCAACUCUCAUUUCAAGAAUGAUAACGGAGAGACGGGGCUGGACAUGGCUCGCAGACUGAAGCACACGCUGUGUGAGGAGCUGAUCCACCAAUCACAGAACAACCAGUUCAACAUGCACGUGCACGUGGAGUAUGAGUGGAGACUCCGGCAAGAUGACCUUUAUGAGAGUGACGAUGACCUAGAUGACAAGAUGGGCCCAGUGAAGAAGGAGCGCUUAGGACGGCCGUUCAGCUUGUAUCACAGUAGCUCUGCCUCUCACGGUGGAGGGGGGUUGUUCAACGUGGGUCGGAGGCUGGCAAUGGCCCGGGGAGAAAACCGUAGGGAGGUGUACGCCAGUCCCAACUCUCAGACACGCAGCCUCGACAGUCCCCCUCCUCCACCCCCUUCAUCGCCCGCACCGCCACUGCCACCUCGAGUCAGAGCUCCAAACAUUCCCCCUCCUCCCCCUCCUAUGAGCUCACCUGAUGGCUGGACAUCCCAUGAUGUGAGCAGCAGUAAGAAACGAACCCCUCCUCCCCCUCUUAUCAUCCGACACAAGCGCACCUAUUCUGAGCCCGCCCCUCAGAUGCCCCCCAGCCCCCACUCUACACGGCAGGGACCAACAGAUUAUGGAGUACCUGCAGGUCCGAGAAGCUUCGGUGGUCCAGACUCACCUUUCCAGAAGUGUGUCUCAGGUUCUCCCAAAUACACCACGUCCACUCUCAACUCCCUAUCUGAGCUACCAGAACGAGCAGGCUUUCGAGCAGAUGGGGAGAGCAGCUCGUCUCACUUUCUGUACCAAACCCCACAAUCCAUCAGCAGCGGCGGACGGCAUGCCCCGGCCCUGUCCCUGUCCCUGUCCCUGUCCCCCACCUCCCCACGCUCCUUCAGCCUGGAGACUAACGGCAGCUCCUCUUCCUCCUGCCACACUGCUCCUCACCCACUGCCCAGAAAAACUCUGAUGAAGUCGAAGCUGAAGCGUGUUAAAGCCAUGUAUGACUGUGUGGCGGAUCAUCACGAUGAGCUCACCUUCAAUGAGGGUGAGGUUCUGGUGGUGCUCGGAGAGGAGGAUGCUGAUUGGUGGCACGGCUACAUCGAGGGACAGCCAGACAGAACGGGCUUAUUUCCAGCAUCGUUUGUCUCUAUGCUCGCUGAAUGAAGCCGGCCAACGGAGCUGAAAUCAUAGCACGUUCGACUCUACUGCCAAAGCACCCUGGGAAAUGAGGGGCUUGAAGUCUACCCACAGAACCAUCGGUAAUGAAGAAUCAGCAUAACAAAGCAGCACUCACAGGCCCGUCUGCAGCGCCAAGAGAGAUGGGAUAUGUGGAACAUGUUGUGCUGUGAGCAGAACUUCUCAUAGUUUGCAGUUGUUCAGGCCCCUCACAUAUGAGAAGCAUGCCCUCUGAUCCAUCCACAGACCAGCCUCUACCAAAAUCUACCAUCAUGUACUCUCCUAAAAAUGCUUCAAAAGAACGCACAGCAUGAAAUGCAUGUUACAUUGAACUGUACUCAAAUGUGAGGAAUCAUAAAUGUCAGAUCAUAGGUUUGUAUUACGAAAAUGUAAUGCAGAGAUUGUGUUAACAGCUUUAAAGCACAAUCUUCUGCGACAGGGAUUGAAAACACAUCCAGGUCAUAUUUCGCCUACAUUGUAAAGAAAAAAAAAAGUAUUUUUUUUAAUAUACCAAGAAUGUUUGCUUUGUGACUUUUUUAAGCACCCCCAAAUUCUUAGUUUUUUCAAAAAUUCUAUUCUAAUUUUGAAUUCUUAUUUCCAUUACUGUAUUAAAUACUGUAAACAGUAUUUUUUUAAUGUAAAAGCAGGGAAAAUACCAUAACACUGCUAUACAAGUAUAAAUACUAUAAAACUUCAUAUUUUUUGCAUUAAAGUAAUCAGAAUAAGAUUUUUUCACAUUAUAGCAAUAAUUUGGGAAGAAAAGUGCUUUAAAAAUAAACACAAAAUUAAAUUUAUAUAAGUUGUAAUAAAACUUUAACGGUCCUAAAACAAUUCUUUGAUAAACUUUUUUGUUUUGGAAUUUAUUGUUCAAUUAUUUCCGUAAUUUCAGACGAAAAAUCACUGAAGAAAUGGUUAAGUGGUUUAUUGAAAACAGACCACAGAUUAAUCACAGGUUCACACACAACAUCAUGAACAUAGAAGCUUACAAAGAUGUGCACACACCACGCAAUUUGGCCACUACAUCCAUGCGAUCAAACCAUCACAAUCAGCUGGACAGUCUUUGAACAUAGACUAACUCCUUAAAGUGCUUCGAGAGUAGAGAACUACUUGUGGCAGAAGACAUUUUUGCUAACCAUGUCACACCCAGGGAAUACUAAAUCUGCGGUUUGAGAAUAUGACAAGUAAACAAAACCAUAAAAACUAAUUUGGCCACAGUUUUUUUGACGUUACUGCUCAAUAUCUUGGACUCCUCCUAAAUAAUUCCACCAGUAGGGAGGUGGAAAAAAUAUUCAAUUAUAAUUGGUUAGCGGUUUCUCUACUUGCAUUAGAGGAACUUAUAUAUAUAUACAUAUAUAUAUAUAUAUAUAUAUAUAUAUACACCGUCAUGUAUUAAAAGUUGAACUUGUGGUUUUAGCUCUGCUUUUUAUUUGUUGAAGAACCUGAAUGGAAAACUAGGGUAUUGUGAGAUAUUUAUGUAUUGUGUAUCUCAUUAAAAAAUAGGCUUGUAUGUUUUUCUGUAUCUUUUUAUUUAUGCAACAAUAUCAAAUAUUUUUUAUUUUUAGUACUGUCCUGGAUGCCCUUAAACUGUGACUUUUGAAUUCAAUUCAUUUUUUAAUGUUUAUGCUUUGGUUCUGUUUCUAAAUAGAUUGUUAAAACACA